UCCCUCCCCUCCCCCUCCGUCACACAUCCCUCUCUCUCUCUCUCUCUCUCUCUCUCCAGUAUUCUUCUCGUGAGAGGCAGAACACACACGGCAGGUAAAGGAAGGAAAUCCUCUCUCUCUCUUUACAUCCUCUCAAAAGGAUGUCGAUCGUCAGCGUCGUUGCCAGGGAGAUCUUGGACUCCCGGGGAAACCCCACGGUGGAGGUGGACCUCCGCACGGAGAAAGGUCUGUUCAGGGCCGCCGUGCCCAGCGGAGCCUCCACCGGGAUCUACGAGGCCCUGGAGCUCCGGGAUGGAGACAAGAGCCGCUACAAGGGCAAAGGGGUGUUGAAGGCCGUCGGGCACAUCAACGACACGCUAGGCCCCGCCCUCAUCGCCUCCGGCGUCAGCGUGGCGGAGCAGGAGACAUUGGACAACUUGAUGAUCGAGAUGGACGGCACAGAAAACAAAUCUCAGUUUGGGGCCAACGCCAUCCUGGGCGUGUCCCUCGCCGUCUGCAAGGCCGGUGCGUCGGAGAAAGACGUCCCCCUGUACCGACACAUAGCCGACCUGGCCGGGAACACGGAGCUGGUGCUGCCGGUUCCCGCCUUCAAUGUGAUAAAUGGAGGAUCUCACGCAGGCAACAAGCUGGCCAUGCAGGAGUUCAUGGUCCUUCCAGUUGGAGCCGAGUCGUUCAAGGAGGCGUUGAGGAUCGGCUCGGAGCUGUACCACACCCUGAAGGGGGUGAUCCAGGAGAAAUACGGCCAGGACGCCACCAACGUGGGAGACGAGGGAGGAUUCGCCCCCAACAUCCUGGAGAACAGCGAGGCUCUGGAGCUGCUGCAGACGGCCAUCGAGAAGGCCGGCUUCACGGACAAGGUGGUGAUCGGGAUGGACGUGGCCGCCUCCGAGUUUUACCGCGACGGGAAAUAUGACCUGGACUUCAAAUCGCCACCGGAUCCGGAGAGACGCAUCUCGGGGGAGGAGCUGGCUGACAUCUACCAGGGCUUCGUCAACAACUACCCAGUGGUGUCCAUCGAGGACCCGUUCGACCAGGACGACUGGGAGGCCUGGUCCCGCCUGACGGCCCAGGUGGGGAUCCAGGUGGUGGGCGACGACCUGACGGUGACCAACCCGAAGAGGAUCGAGAGAGCCGCCGAGGAGCGAGCCUGCAACUGCCUGCUGCUCAAAGUCAACCAGAUCGGCUCCGUCACCGAGGCCAUACAGGCGUGCAAGCUGGCUCAGGCCAACGGUUGGGGGGUGAUGGUCAGCCAUCGCUCGGGGGAGACGGAGGACACCUUCAUCGCCGACCUGGUGGUGGGACUGUGCACCGGACAGAUUAAGACCGGCGCCCCCUGCAGGUCGGAGAGGCUGGCCAAGUACAACCAGCUCAUGAGGAUUGAGGAGGAGUUGGGCGACAAGGCUCGCUUUGCAGGCCACAACUUCAGGAACCCCAGCGCCCUGUGAACCUGAAUCUCACACACACACACACACACACACACACACACACACACACACACACACACACACACACACACACACACACACGCCAAACAUGGGAACGAGCCAUGCGCAAUGAAAUAUCAGAUUCAUGAAAAAACACAAGCAAAAAAGACUAAAUAAUUUAUGCACUGGACUUAUAGGUACACACACACGCACACAGACACACACACACAUACACGCACACGCACACGCACACACACACAUACACACACACACACAGUGUAUGUAGAUGCGACACGCGCUCACGCACAUGCAGGGGAAUACCAUAGAAAUAUCAAAUUUAUAAGCCAGACAUGCACUGUUACUGUCGUUAAUAGUUCAUGUACAGACCUGCAAAAAUACAGAUUAUUGUUGUAAUAACAGAUGAAUACGUAAAUAAUAUAAUAGAAUAGAAUAGAAUACUUUAAAACGACGCACACAACUGAAAGAGACGAAGAAGAAAGAGAAACAGAAGCUUUCAGCACCAACAGAGGACGAUGGCGCUCGCUCAGAAGCAGGAAGCAGGAAGCAGGAAGCAGCCGUUUCCGGGCCGAGUGUAGAGAAACUGAAGCACGACACAAACACACGUUUACACACUCACCUGGACACUGAAGCACCUGCACUCCGCCCACUUCUGUCCUCCUUCCUUCCCUCGUUUUGUCUCCUUUUCCUUCUCGUCUUGUUUUCUCAGUUUAAGGGGAGAAAGGAGAAGAGAACCCCUCUUUGAUGUUGUUCUGAUUAUUUGUUCUUUAUGCUUGAAUAAAACCUCCUCGGUCCAAAAGAGAAAUAAAACAGAUCCCCCCCCCCCCCCCCCCGUUCCUCCUGGAUGUCCAUAGAUCAGCUGUGUUGAAAAAGACGGAACAAAAGAAAAGAAAUGCGCUUGUCAUUGAAAAUAAUGUGAAAAUAUGUGAAAUAAAAAGAUGUUAAUUUAC